UCAUUCAUUCAAAAAUUGUCAAUACGUUCGAACAUCGAGGAGAUCCGAGCUCAAUAACAAACCAUCCAAUCAAAGAAUUAUUCAAAGAAAAACAAAACACAAGCUCCUCAAGGAAAAAACUAAAUAAACCAAGUGAUAUACAUAUAUUUGUUGAGUGCUUGAUAAACUAAACCUUAAAAACACGUUAAUGAAAUACAGAAAUAAUCGCGGAACAAUCCUACAAAUUCAAUUCAGAACAUUCUUAGUUACAAGUUCUCUUCCAAGUUUGAAUAAAAUUAAGUGUUGACGACUCAAGAUUAUUCAAGGAUUUUGGUCCUUACGGAUUGGAGAUAAGGAAUUCGAGUUUGAAGGCACUGUGCCGUGUGGAAAGUCGCGAGAAGAAAGCCUCUCCCAUCGACUUCGUACUCAGUCCUCGAAGGAAGCAGUCUAAGGAUCCAGGAUGUUCGCCACGCAGGAUACUAUUCUCAAGCUGCUGACCCUGUGCGCCCUGGCACAUUCUAUUACGGCCCUUGCCCUGCAGCCGACUCCGGUGGCCGGAUCGGCUCCUUUGGACCCCAGUCACAAGUACCUGAUUGUGCGAGGGGAAACGCCGGUAGGAUCGUCGGCUUCACAGGAGCAUGUGGACUUUGACAACGCCGCCACCCUCCUGCUGCAGUCCUUCAGGGCCCAGCAGACUACCUCUCCAGAUGGCCUGGAAGAGUGCAGUGCCCCCAGCCACAAGGCAACCUUUUCUGGCUAUGAUUACGUGAUCCUGCUAGGGAUGCUGGUCAUUUCGCUGGGCAUUGGCAUCUUCUAUGGGUUCUUCCAGAAGGGCGGCAGCUCCUCAAAUGAGUUCCUGCUGGGCUCUGAGAUGAGCAUUUUCCCGGUGACCCUCAGCCUGACUACCAGCUUCAUCACGGCUAUAGAGCUGCUGGGAAAUCCUUCGGAGAUGUACUUCCAAGGCACUCAGUUCGUGCUGAUAGUUAUACCCAUGGUCCUAGUGAUUCCAGUGGCUGUGAAGAUCUUCUACCCGAUCUACUUCAAAAUGGAACUGACCAGCUGUUACGAAUACCUGGGAAUACGAUUUGGCAAAGAGAUCAGGAUCCUGGGAGCAGUGCUCUAUGUUAUACAGAUGUGCUUCUAUACGGCUGUGGCUGUCCUGGCUCCUGCCAUCGCUCUUUCGAAGGCUACAGGCCUGGACACCAAAAUUGCUGUUGUCCUGAUUUAUGUGGUCUGCGUCUUCUACUCCUCCCAAGGUGGUAUGAAGGCUGUGGUCAUUGCUGACUCCUUCCAGGCUGCUGUUCUGGCUGUAUCCUUGGUGUUGAUCGUAGGUCUGGGAAGCUUCUACAGCGGUAAUCCCAUACAGGUGUUCCAGACGGCUGCCGAACACAAUCGCUUGGAGUUUUUCAACAUGGAUCCCAGUCCUACUACUCGUCACACCGUGUGGUCGGUGGUUAUCGGUGGCUUCUUCUACUGGACAUCCCUGUUUUGUACCAACCAGGCCUCUGUUCAGAAGUGUAUGUCCUUGAAGUCCCUCCGGCUGGCCAAGAUCGCACUGGGCUUCGCCAUUAUUGGACUCAUUGUGGUUUUCCUUUUGAACUUCUACACCGGUCUGAUGGUCUUUACCCACUACGCCGACUGUGAUCCUCUGACAGCAGGACGCAUUUCUGCCACGGAUCAGCUCCUUCCCUACUAUGUGAUCAACACAUACGAGCACAUCUAUUCUAUCGCUGGAAUCUUUGUGGCUGGAAUCUUUGCCGCCAGCUUGGGCACUGUGGCCUCCGCUUUGAACUCCCUAUCUGCUGUGACUUGCGAGGAUCUCCUGGUAAAUGGCAUGAACAUCAAAAUCUCCCCUGAAAAGGGAGCCACCUAUGCCAAGUGGAUGUCCCUGGGCUUCGGUAUUGCCUCCUUCGGCCUGGUUUUUAUUGUGGAGCACUUGGGCGGAGUUCUACAGGCUACUCUCACCUUGAACGGAUUGAUUGGCGGCGUCACCCUGGGACUCUUUGUCCUGGGCAUCGCCUGCAAGCAGGCUAACACAAAGGGUGCCUUCUACGGCGGGCUGUUGUCCCUAGUCCUGGUGAUCUUCGUGGGAGUAGUGGCCCAGAUAGCCAGUGUGGAGCAACCCGCGCUUCCCACCUCCAUUGAGCACUGCGAUUGUCACGUCAAUAUGACAACCAUAGCUGAAGACAUUCUUACUGAACCCAUGACCCUUGCAGAGGACGGCGGUUUUACCUCCUGGCCCAUUUUCCGCCUCAGCUAUAUGUGGUAUAGCAUGAUCGGAUGCCUCCUCACCGUCUUCCUGGGCUGGCUCAUCUCCCUGGUGAUCGACUUCAUCCAGAGGCGCAAUGUCCUUAAGAUCACCGGCAAGGGAAUCGAUAACCCCGCCGUUUCCGAGGAGGUCUUCAAGAGCGACUCCCAGGUUCAGUACACCACCUCCAUCAGUGUGGCCACGGAGAGCACUACCGUGAUGGAUCCCAAAGACACGAAAACCGACACAGGCCACGUGAACCACGCCAUACGCAUCGAUGAUGAAUAGAGCCCGACUAUGAACAAAACGAUGGGGCGGGAAGUGGCCUUCCCACCUAACUAUUCCUUCUGUAACCUGUAACCUCCAUGUACAAAGACCAGUCGCAAUCCUAACUGUCCUAGCUUAGUCGAAAGAGUGAUUUCUAGUUCGUAAGUCCAACGCCGAGGCUUUUCGGCACUCGACACAGUAUUCUGUAUACACAAACCACUUACUAAUGUUACUACGAAAUGAAUUUAUCCUUAAGCUCUACUUUAAGGCAUUAUACAAAAAUAAAACCCAUAUAUAUUCCAAA